AUGAAGAGGUUGUACACUAUUGCUAAAGCAAGAGACCAGGCAUCAAAGGACUUGACCCACGUGCGGCAGGUUAAUAGUGCGGAUCGAAAAGUGUUAAGAACCGAUGUUGAAGAACACCAGAGGAUAGACAGAAUAUGCGGGAUCUCAAAUGAGAAUGUAAUACCGGGAAUAGCGAGAGAUAAAGUUAAGGCGUUAAAUAAAACGAAAAAACGAAGGGCAGUAGGACCUGAUGGAAUACCUGUGGAGGUUUGGAAGGCUAUAGGAAAGGAAAGAAUCUGCAAAGGUCCUGAAUGGAAGCCUGGAAUUUUUGUACAAUUCACCAAAGAAGGAGGAAUAGCGAGGGAGGCUGGAUUACGACCUGGCGAUCAAAUAGUUCAAUGCAAUAAUGUUGAUUUUUCUGACAUACCAUUUAACGAGGCUGUAAACCUCAUGAAAACUUCUCGACAACUUGACCUUCUGAUAAGAAAAGCUGCAGCCUCUGAACUAUUCCCUGGCGAGUCGAGUGGUUACAAUAGUUCAGCAAGUUCAGUUACUGAAGAUCAGAGUUCAUCAUGGGGAGAUCCCAAACGGUUGUCCAUAGUUAAAGAAGAAAACCAACAUACAGAAGAGAGGUUAAAUCAAAGAAGUUUUACCAAUAGUUGGAAUUUACCAGACUGGGAAGAGGAACCAACCGAAAAAAGUGUAUACAAGCCAACUAUUAUCAAUGUUACUGAAAGUGGAACUACCAUCAAAAAUAAUGGCUUAGAAUACGCUUCAAAUAAACUCGAACAAAAUAGUUCCCAUUUGGAAGAACACAAGAUGCCAGAAAGAACAGACAGUAAAGUAGUUGUAGAAGUGCAUAGAAGCGACGAAGAUGACGGUCCCUGUGUGGUGAAUGGACUAGCUAAAAGUUCGUCUAGUAGUAGUUUAGCAAGUAAGGCCAGUCUAACGAGUGCAGCUAGCAGUAGUUUGUCGUCGGCAAUAUCCAUGGAGCUUAAAAGAAGAUCGGAGAAAAAAGCAACUAAACCACCAGAAGACACAUCGAUUGAUGAACAAUUACAGAAAAAAAAGUUACUUAGAGGACUUAGUUCUGACCAACAGUUUCAGCACACCAAACUCAUGAACGAAUUUAAACAAGCUCAUCAAAAAAUGUUCAAAACCUCUAGUCUCGAUUGUACAAAAUCUAAUUCCGCCUUAGGGAAAGAUACUUUGCCUCCAUCACAGAUUCUUGCUCCUCCUACAAUUCAGUCACCUUUAGUCAAUUCCAGUACCCCUACAGCUCCCAAAAUAAAACCCAAAGCCCCACCUGUUCCCAUCAAACGUUCCGUGCUUUCUUGCUAUCAACCUCCUCCUUGCCCGACUCCAGAUUAUGAUACAUUAAGUUUGUCUUCUACUUCCUCUACCAUUAAACCUGCACACAUCAACGAAUCUGUAGAAAUGGACUCGUUGGAAUCAUUCAAAAUGCACAAUCCGAACCAUGUGACACCAAAACCACCUGGUACAUAUUUCCAGAAGCGGGAUUUAUGCUCUAAGUUGUCUAAUGGAUCAGUUGCGUCAUCAGCUGGAAAAGAAAGGCCCAAAUCUGUAAAUAUUAGUAUUGGGGAGUAUGCUGCAGUGAGAAGUCCCCCCAGGAAAUUGGAUUUUUUGAAGAACGGAACUCUGGGGAGAAAUAGCGUUGGGAAUGGACCAGGAAAUUUGGCUUAUGAAUUGUCACAAACAUUGAACAAGUCAAAUUUAAGAAAAAGAACGGAAUCAAUGGAUGAUCUAUUGAACACACCACAAAUAAGGGCUCAAAGCAACGGAACAGUUCGUAUAUCUGUUAGUAACUUAGCAAAGGAAUUUGCAAAAUCUACCAACGACCUCACCGAAGAUUACGAGAUGACGUCAAAAGCAGGAAAUCGAAUAAUGAUUAAUAUUAAUCAGGAAAAAAUUAACGGUGUUGAAGGAAUGUCCAACAACACUUACGGUAAUUUUUUAUUUUUAUUUUUAGUUAGUUAUCCUAUUAAGGUUAAACCAGUCAACAUCAUUUUGGGAGUGUACCAAGUACCAAGUGCAAAUAUUAAUCUUUAA